AUGAAUAAUCUUAGAGAAAGAUCACCACUUUCAACUGGAAGUAAAUCACAUCAAGAGAUUGAUAUAGAAGAUGAUGAUAUUGCAAUUGGAUAUGAUGAAGAAGUUGAUGAUAGUGACGAUGAUAGUACUACAACCGAUCAAGAAGAUACAAGUACUGAUGACGAUGAUAAUGAUAAUGGUCAAAGUCAUCGACAACAUCAACAUCAACAUCACACGAAAAAUGAAAUACAUCAACAUCUAUUAUACAACAUCAAGAAAAAGAAUCAAGAUAAUGAUAGAUCAUCAUCUUCAUCUAAUGGUUGUUUUAAAAGAUUAAUAUUACAAACUGGUGGUGGAACAACGAAAGGAGGAAUCAAUUCAUACAAAAGAAAGAAUAUAACAUGUUUGAUUGGAACAUUGGUAUUUGGAAUAUCACUCUUUUUAAUUGUAAUGUUAUUGACUAGAUUCCCAUUAUCAUAUAUUGAUCAUGAAGAUUACUCUGAUAAUAUAUUGUCAUCAUACUGUGCUCAUUUAUCAAUGGAGUCUGAUCAAGUUGAACUAUCAAAAAAUCAAUGUUCAUUCCUUCAACACCAACAUCAACAACAACAAAAACAUAAUAAUAAUAACAAAAAUAAUAAGAAUAAUAAUAAUAUUCAAAAUAAUAAUACAAUUCAUAAUUAUGAAUGUAAUCCGUCAAAUUUAAAUAGACCACAAUAUCAAUAUAAAUUGGGUGGAUUGGAAUAUGAAGGAAAGGAUCCAUUCUCUUGUCGUCCACCAGUUGUUAGUAUUAUUGUACCAGUUUAUAAUACACCAAAGUAUCAGUUAUUGGAAAUGUAUGAAUCGGUGAAUCGUCAAUCAUUACAGUCGUUUGAAUUGGUGAUUGUGGAUGAUGGAUCGACCAACUCUGAAACGAUCAACCUCAUCAAUGAUUGGGAGAAAUCAGACACUCAUGUACAUAUCCAAAAACAUAGUUCAAAACGUGGAUUACCAUCUGCUCGAAAUACUGGUAUCAAACAGUCCCGUGCACCCUAUAUAUUCCUACUUGACUCUGACGAUAUGAUCGAACCAACCACUCUAGAGAAAUUAGUUUGGAAGUUAGAGACAUCACCUCACAUUGCAUUUGCCAAGGGAUGGACAGUUGGAUUUGGAGCACAAGAGUAUGUUUGGGAAAAGGGAUAUGAAAAGGCAGACGCAUUCCUUUACGAAAAUCAAGUCACUGUCACUGCCAUGUUUAGAAAGGAAGUAUUCUUUGAAAACGUCCAUAAUCGCAGUCUUGCGCAUUACUCUGGAUUCGAUGAACAAAUUAUUGGAGGAAUGGAAGAUUGGGAUUUCAUUUUAAAGUGUGCCAACAAUGGACUAUGGGGUGAAACCAUUCCAGAUCAUAUUGAUAUUCAUAAUCAUUUGGAUAAACAAGUACCAAGAUGUUUAUUAAUUCUACCUUGGUUAAAUACUGGUGGAGCUGAUAAAUUUAAUCUAAAUUUUGUUAGAGAAUUAAUUAUUAAAGGUUGGGAUGUUACCAUUGUAACUACACUUCAAUCUUCAAAUCCUUGGUUACCUUCUUUUCAAAAAUUAACUCCAGAUAUAUUUGUAUUGGAUAAUUUCUUGACAACAGAAGAUACACCAAGAUUUUUAUGUUAUUUGAUUGAAUCUAGAAAGAUUGAUAUUACUUUGGUAUCAAACUCAGAAUUGGGUUAUUUAUUUGUACCAUAUCUUAAAGAAAAAUGUCCAUUCUCUGCUAUUGUUGAUUAUGUACAUAUGGAAGAAGAUCAUUGGAAGAGUGGUGGUUAUGCAAGAUAUUCAUUAUCAAUGCAAUCAACAUUAGAUUUAUCAAUUGUAUCAUCAGAUCAUUUAAAGGAAUGGAUGAUUAAAAGAUCAAUGACAAGUAGAUUAAAACAACAUCAUUAUAGAGAGAAAAAAGAAAAGAGUAAUCAAGAACGAGGAGGAAAUGGUACACCAACUCAAACCCAUCAACCAAUGGAAAGUGCAAUUGCCGAUAAUAUAGAUGUCUGCUAUGUCAAUGUUGAUAUGAAGGAAUUCCAAUUUAAUAUUGUCGAUCGAAAUAGAAUUAGAGAAUUAUAUAAUAUACCAAUGUCAACCACAGUGGUAUUGUUUGCUGGUAGAUUGGUGGAACAGAAACAACCAAAAGUAGCAUUGGAAGUGUUCAAAAAAUUGAUUGAAAAUGAUGUUACAUUUAAUGCAUUUAUAGUAGGCGAUGGAGAACAAAGAGACCAAGUAGAAGAAUUUAUACAGAGAAAUGGAAUGCAAUCGGUUGUAAAGAUACUUGGAGACGUUCCAAGUGAAGAUAUGCCAGCCAUUAUAUCAGCAUCGGAUAUUGUAUUUUUGCCAAGCGCAAUGGAAGGUAUAUCGAUGUUAUUUUUCGAAUCAAUGGCUGCUGGUGUCAUACCAAUCGGAAGAAGUAUCGGAGGUCAACAUGAACUCAUUACAGCCGACGAAGGAGAGUUGUUGUCAUUCCCAAAACAUCAUGAUGGUCCUGAAUACACGGUGCCAGCCUACACUGAAAGACUCCAACACCUCAUCCAACUAUCACCAAGAGAAAAGAAAGAAAAGAGUCUAGCUUGUAUAACGAGAAUUGCAACCUACUUUACCAUUGAAAUGAUGUCUGAAUCAAUGAUCAAAUCAUUCUGUAAGGCAAGUUAUCGUAAACGAAUGAAAGAGUCUGGAUCCUUACUCUCAUUUAUGGACUAUCCCAUUGCCCAUACUGGCAAGUCUAAUCGACCAAAGAAAAUAGUCCAAACUGCCGUUCCAAUGAGUGGGUUUGGUGACAUUAAUGAACACAAUGGUGAUGGUGCCGGAGACGACCAUCAAUCUGUCUUUGGACUACACAAUGUUGGUGUUGGACAAGAAUUGGCCAUACAAGCCAUUGAAUCGAUAAAAUGGCAAAAGAAAUCAGAUGCAAUGUGGAAAACACUGGAAGCAUUGAAAAAACAGGUGGUCGAUGACAAACCAUACCACAAUCAAUGUGAUAUAGACAAGGCCGAUGGUGAUUCACUCAAGACUAAUCUCCAACAAUUGACCAAAUCUCAUACACAAUUACAACAAGAAUUUGAUCAAUAUGUAAAAGAAAAUGAAGACCUAUAUUCAAAAUACCAAGAUACUUUGGAAUCUUUAAGAAAAUAUCAAUUACAAGAUAAAGAAAAAGGAAAGAUAAAUAUUCAAAAUAAUGAUGACGAUUAA